CUGCGCCUCCUCCUCAGGCCGUGGGGAGGUGGGUGAAGCAGGAAUGUCUGGUGCAGGCCGACACACGUCUUCUUACAAACAACAAACCUGCGACAGCAGAACUGAUCAGAGACAUGAGAGGAUACAGAGGCGUCAAGUACUCGCUGUUCAUCUCCUGCUACCUGCUGUGGGUCGUGAGCGCCGGCCUCAUCGCCGUCGGGGUCUACGCCAAGAUCGCCAAAGAGAAAGAUGUGGUCGAUACUCUGACGGUCGAUCCAGCGCUGCUGCUGAUCAUCACCGGCUCAGUCAUGUUCCUCAUAACGUUCCUCGGAUGUUUCGGGGCGCUGCGUAACGCCACCUGUCUGCUGAAGCUGUUUCUGGGGAUCGUCACAGUCGUCCUCGUCCUUCAGAUCGCGGCUGGAGUUGUUGGAUACGUCUUCACUGACAUGGUGAUGGAGAGGACGGAGAAGCUGAUGAUGAAGGCGAUCGUACGCUACAGGGAGGACCAAGACCUGGAGAACGCCAUCGACUUCAUCCAGAAGAAGUUCCAGUGCUGUGGAGUUGAGACCUACAGGGACUGGUCCCAGAACGUCUACUUCCAGUGUGCAGACACCAACCCCAGCGUGGAGGCCUGUGGAGUUCCCUUCUCCUGCUGCACUGGCCUCCAGAACCAGACCGUGUUGAACACCAUGUGUGGUUACGGAGCUCAGACUCAGGACGAGGCUUCGGCCGCUCAGCUCGUCUUCACCGUCGGCUGCCUGGAGAGGAUCGUGUGGUGGGCAAAGAACAACCUGCUGCUGGUGGCCGGUCUGACCGCCGGACUCCUGCUGCUCGAGAUCUGCAUGGUGUCUCUGGCUGCUGCUCAGAUCUCCUGGAUCAACAAGGUCCGACGCCACGAGCAGGAAAACUCAGCGGGAGUUAGGCCAGAGAGGAAGGACAGCUACUGGUAUCCGGCCUUCGCAGACUUUGACGACGAGUAGAGAGUGAACGCUGGGACAGACGAGGAGGACGAGGGACUGAAUGUUGAUCUAAUAGAAAAACACUGUGAACUGGUGCAGGUGAACAAACUGAACUACCUCUUUUUACGCUAUGAAUUUAUUAUGAACACAUUUAUUUUUUAAAGAAUGAAAAGCUGGAGCUCAGUUAAAUGUGUUUCACCUGUACCACUAUGCAGCACAUUGGCUACUGUGUAUUAUGGGAUGGUUUAUAUGUUGGUUUGUCAGAUCGAUUUGUGUCUUAUUUUUAUUUUAGUUUUAAAAAAAAUCCCCAUAAAAAUGAGGAACAUUCAAAAUAAAGUAUCAACCCACA